CUCCGUUCUUCGACGAUCCGCGACCUUUAGAAUCAUUCAUCAGGCCGUCGUAUACGCAGCGAACGAGGAAAUAUAUGAUAGAACCACAAAUAUAUCAUGAGUAACAAGCCACAGCUGCUACCAUCUGCCCAGGUCCUAGGCAUCCGGCUGGGCCCCCCGGCCCGGCCGGGCGGGCCGAGACUCGACGAGGCCCUCUUAGCCGCCCGUCCACGGACGCGUCGCCGCCGCUGUCGAGCGCGCUCGAACCGUCGUGCGAGGACAAAGAGGAGAAGCGGACCAAGGGGCCGUGGACGCCAGAGGAAGACGUCACGUGCGGUGUCGGUCUCCUUCUCCCUUUGUUUGUCGGGGCGGGGAGCGCACCUUGCGAUGCCCGUAGCAGCUUACGCAUGCCCGUCGCGCGCGCGGGCUCUAGGGGGUUUCACGGCGCUCGUGAAGACUUGUUCCGAACUUCCCACGCCCAGGCCAAGGUCGUGGAACUGGUGCGUGCUCACGGUGCCCGCAAGUGGUCCACCAUCGCCUCGCAACUGCCCGGGCGCAUCUCAAAGCAGUGCCGAGAGCGGUGGCACAACCACCAUCUCCAAGGAGCCGUGGACGCUGGAUGAGGACAAGAUCAUCCUAUCGUCGCACGCCAAGCUCGGGAACCGGUGGGCGGAGAUCGCGAAGCUAUUGCCUGGACGCACGGACAAUGCGAUAAAGAACCACUGGAACUCCUCAAUCAAGCGCAAGUACGAGCGCUUCCUCGAGGAGGCGAUGCAGGAACUCGUCGCGCCACACAACGCGGCCCGAGACGCGGCCCUGGCGGCCAAGCAGGGUCUCGAGGCGGCAGGCGUGCCGAUCGGUGAGCCUCACAUGGAGAUGCCACUGCCAGACGACGCAUACCUUGUCAUCUGCCAGUCGAUGCGGGCGGCGGCGCACGAGGCACGCAAGGGCGACCCACUCAAGCCGCCGCAGCCCAAAAUCGUGCGCCCCUUCGCGGCCGACCUCGACGACACGCCUCGGUUCCGCCUUGUUGGCGAAAAUUUGGAGAAGGCGAUCUACGCCGUCUGCCAGGCACCGAAGAAGAGGAGCUACACCAAGCGGGCCGCAGGUGGCGCGCCCGCCAAGCGUAGGCCGGUGCCUCCCAAGGCAGACCCCGCCGCGCGGCCGAUGCGCGUGUCGAUCGUCGGGGCGUCGACGCUGACUGCGGCCGAUCGCGCGCCUCAGGUAAUGGCAACCUAGGUCCUAGCCCGGGGCCCGCUCCGGAGCGACUCAGCCACCAGAGGUCGGUCCCCAUCGCGGCGAUUCUGCUCGCUGUGUAGCCGUGCGCACUCACUAAAAAGUCCAAGCAAAAAGGGAGGAGGCC